AUGGAGUUCAACAAACCAGACCCACUGAAGAUGACGGGUAACUUGGCUGAAAAUUUUCGAAAUUUCAGAAAUCAACUACAAAUGUAUUUUAAUGCAACUGAAUGUCAUUCAAAAGAGGAAGCUACGCAAGUGGCAAUAUUAUUAGACCUUUUGUGGUCGGAUUGUUUAAAAAUUUACAACACUCUCAAAAUUCCCAGUAUAACUGUAUUUGAAAUUUUGAAAGCGUUGGAGGCUUAUUGCAUACCGCCAAGACGUAAUGAAACUAUGCAACAAUACAAAUUUUUUACACGGAAACAACUCGAUGGUGAGCCAUUUAAUAAGUAUUAUGCGGAUCUUCGAGAAUUGGUUAAGUCAUGUGAGCUUAAUACCUGUGACAAAUUAUUCAAAAUUCAAAUCAUUCUGGGAAUAUCUGAUAAAGAAUUACAAGCAAGGUUAUUGCGAGACGAAUUAACUUUAGAAAAAACUGUUAAGCACUGUCAAAUAGUGGAAGAGUCUAAAGUCAAUCGUAAACUUAUCCAGGAAAACACAAAAAAACUUCUCAACAUUGAGGCAGAGCAACAUAAGGGGUCAAAUCAGUAUAGCAGAGGAGUCAAGUCUAAUUUUCGAAAACCAACUCAACAUAAGCAGUCAAAUGGAAAAGGUGAUGGAAAGGUAAUCACUGUAAUUGUAAAGCAAGGGCUCAGUCCUAUUUUAAAGAAAAAAAUAUAA